AUAAGCCUUAUCGUCCCGCAAUAUAUGUAAUGGAAUUCAGUGUAGAAGGGUUGGAAUUGAGUACUUUGGAGUACCAUAAUGAACAGUGGUCAUCACCAGAAGGCGAAGAAGACCACGAUGAGGAAGACUUCUUCGCGGUCGCAAUUUACAAAAAAAUACGGGUAUUCGGCGUUGACCACAAAUUCAUGCACCAAACCAGGGAACAGCUCCAAGCAGUUUUCCCUCUGCGCCACUCAUGGCUGCAAACUGAUGAUGAUGGUGGUGGUGGUGAUGGUUCCGUGGGGCACCAAAAGUUGGAAAACUGCCUCAAGAAAAGCGGCUUGCCAGAACGCAUUGCCGCGCAAAUCGUGUCCUUUUACCACCAACAGCGCAGCAACAUGUCGCCUGGCCGCGGGCGAUCUUCCCCCCGCGGGGACGCCAAUAACAUGUCGUCUGGCCGUGGGCGAUCUUCCGCCCGCGACAGCGUAACGGUGCCACUCAUUGUCACUAAAACCCUAGUGAAGAUGUACAUGUGGUCGCUGCCGCGGGACAUCGCCGUGGACGGGCUCUUGAGGCUCACGUCGGUUCUUUAUAAUUUGAAGGUCGCCAGAGCCUUUGACGGCGCGGAGGAGUGUUCGGUGUGCCUGGAAACGAUGGGGAGAGGAGAAAAAGUGUUUCGCGCGGCGAACUGCUCGCACCACUUUCAUGCACUUUGUCUGCUUCGGUGGCUGGAUACUACUGCCAAAACCUGCCCAUUGUGCCGUUGCCCUUUUGCCGAAUCGCCUUACAUUAGGGUUUUGACUUAGAGAACAUCCCCAAAUUAGAACUAAAACAAUGUAUAUUUUCUAAAAUACUCUGGAUGUAGUAGUUACAUUAUUU